AUGUACCGCCAAACCCUCACCAAGGUCCCCUCCACCCGCCGCGCAUUCUCGACCACCGUCCGCGCCAUGGCAGCCGGCGACACCGGAUCACCGAACAAGUACGGCAGCCUAGGCGGCAGCCCCGGCGCCUGGGAACAGCGCGAGAAAGCCAACGAAGACUACGCCAUCCGCAUGCGCGAGAAGGAGAAGCUCCUCGAGCUGCGCAAGAAGCUCCGCGAGCAGCAGGAGCACCUACAGAAGCUAUCCGAGCACAUCGACGAGUUGACCAAAGACCAACCCGGCGAGCAAAACUAG